AAAGAUCAUAUAUCGGAAAGGUGCGACAGUCGGGUCCGAACAGGGUAUUUUGCACAGGACAGCAACCUCUGUGGCUCUCUGUCUGUACCACCAAAAUCCUAAGCAGUUCCAAGAAGAAGAAGAAUUCAAACAAAAAUGUCGUCUGUUGGCACAUUUCAACUACUACUACCUGCAUUUCCUUCUUCCUCCUCCUCUUCUUUUACCAAUAAAGCCCUUUCUCUUCGUCCUCUCCCCUUCCCCACUUCGCCUCUACAGCGCCACGCCCACCACCUUAAUCACAGUUUGCAACAUCUCCAUCCCAUUUCAAAAUCUGGACGGAAUUUCAGAUCCUUCCGCUGCCUCUCGGGAUUGUCUCCCGAGCUAAAAACAACAAUCGACAAAGUCAUUACAUCGGAGAAAGUAGUUCUGUUUAUGAAGGGAUCUAAAGACUUCCCACAAUGUGGAUUUUCCCACACUGUAGUGCAAAUAUUGAAGUCUUUAAAUGUGCACUUCGAGACUAUAAACAUUCUAGAGAACGAACUAUUGAGACAAGGACUGAAGGAGUAUUCAAGCUGGCCAACCUUUCCUCAGCUGUAUAUUGAUGGAGAGUUCUUUGGUGGUUGUGACAUAACAGUUGAAGCAUACAAAAGUGGAGAAUUGCAAGAAGUGUUGGAGAAGGCAAUGUGUUCUUGAAGCGAAGGUUUGGCAAUCCUUCUUCACUUGAUUUUUAAUAUGGAAAGAUGUAUAUCAACAUGACAUUUAUGUUACUCAAGGCUUCAUUACAAAUGGUAAAAACCAGUUACUUGUUUGUUUGAAUGUCUAUAUUUCUCACCUGUUUAAAAGAAAAAUAGUUAUGUGAGAUUAGUUGAAAUGUGUAUAAACUAAUUUGAACAAUAAAAAAAAUUGAUGGGGACAUGAAAUUUAAA